AUGGAGUACAAGAUUGGUAAUGGCACAGGAACAGAAUUUUGGUAUGAUCCCUGGAUUAAUGGCUGCACAAUUAUGGAGAAGUUCUCUAGAGUCAAAAUGAGAGACUCUGAUAUCCCCAGAAACUUCAAAGUAGCUGAUCUUUGGAGGAACAAUAGGUGGGACUUUCCUGAUCCCAUUGAUGAAGCCUCUUCAGAAGUUUGGGAGUUCAUAAAGCAGAAUUACAGACUUAGAGAUGAUAUUGUUGACAGCAUAGAGUGGAAUGUUCUGAAGAAUGAUAAGUUCUCUAUUAGCAGAACUUGGAAGAUUUACAGAACUGAUUAUAAUAGUUUGCCUUGGUUUAAAAUUGUGUGGGGGAAAAAUUAUGUUCCUAAACACAGUUUUAUUCUUUGGCUAGCUAUAAAAAACAGACUCAAGACCAAAGAUAAACUAAAAAGGUGGGGUGUAACUCCUGAUGAUCAUUGUGUUUUGUGCAUUUUGCUACUGAAAUUUGGAAAGCCAUGGCUGCCAUUUGAAGAAUCAAUCAGAACAUUGGAUCUUGGAGAAGAACUAUCAGUUGGUUUAGCAGAAAGAGCACUGGAAAGAGCUUCUUAG